CAAAACUUAACUCUCACAUCUCUAUUUCGGCAUCAACCAAAUAAAAAAGAAAUAAAAAAAAAAUCUCUAUUUUGUAGAGGUCCAAUUAAAGCAAAUCUUUCUCCAAUUUCCAAGUGCUGCUAUUCCAAGUACUUGUGCUAGUUCUCAUCUUCAUUAGCAAAUCACUACACUUGCUCAAUUGUGAAAGACACAUAGAAGUUGCAGCAAUAAUAUUCCAUUCACCACACGACACAUGAACGUAGAGGUUGAGCAUCAAGAAGAAAUUUGAGAGGUGAAUUUUCCAAUUCCAAAGUCUGCAACACUAUGAGUUCUUCUCAAGCAGCAGCAAAGCCAAACCAAGAGGACUACAAGUUGAAGGACACAAAGCCAGAACUUGGAGAGCGUUGGCCACAUGGAGGGCAACGUGGAGGGAGUGGUUGGAUCUACAGUGAGAGAGCCACAAGCACUUAUGACUUGGUGGAGCAAAUGUUCUACCUCUAUGUUCGCGUUGUGAAGGCCAAGGACCUUCCACCAAACCCUGUCACCAGCAACAUUGACCCUUAUGUUGAGGUCAAGGUUGGUAACUACAAGGGCAAAACAAGGCACUUUGAGAAGAAGACCAACCCUGAGUGGAAGCAGGUUUUUGCAUUCUCAAAGGAGAAGAUUCAGUCCUCGGUUGUUGAGGUUUUUGUGAGGGACAAAGAUAUGGUGGCUAGAGAUGAGUACAUUGGGAAAGUGGAGUUUGACAUGCAUGAAGUUCCAACAAGGGUUCCCCCAGAUAGCCCUUUAGCUCCUCAGUGGUAUAGGUUGGAGAAUCUGAGAGGGGAAACAAGGAGUAGAGGAGAAAUCAUGCUUGCUGUUUGGAUGGGGACACAAGCUGAUGAAGCAUUUCCUGAGGCAUGGCAUUCAGAUUCAGCUUCAGUUAAGGGAGAGGGUGUUUAUAAUAUAAGGUCAAAGGUUUAUGUUAAUCCUAAAUUAUGGUAUCUCAGGGUUAAUGUGAUUGAAGCUCAAGAUGUUGAGCCUAAUGACAAAAGCCAGCCACCCCAAGUUUUUGUUAAGGGUCAAGUUGGACAGCAAGUGCUUAAAACUAAGUUGUGUCCAACAAAAACACCAAACCCAAUGUGGAAUGAGGAUUUGGUGUUUGUCGCAGCAGAACCCUUUGAGGAACAGCUUGUGCUAACAGUGGAGAAUAAGGCCUCUCCCGGGAAAGAUGAGGUUGUGGCUAAAAUAAGUUUGCAACUUAACAAGUUUGAGAUUCGUUUGGAUCACCGACCAGUGCACUCACAUUGGUACAACCUUGAGAGGUUUGGCUUUGGUGUGUUGGAGGGUGACAAGAGGAAUGAGACAAAGUUCUCGAGUAGGAUUCACCUAAGGGUGUGUCUUGAGGGUGCUUAUCAUGUGCUGGAUGAAUCCACAAUGUAUAUUAGUGACACAAGGCCAACUGCUAGACAGCUUUGGAAGCAACCAAUUGGGAUUCUUGAAGUGGGGAUAUUGAGUGCUCAAGGGCUCCAAUCUAUGAAGACAAACAAUGGUAAAGGUUCAACAGAUGCAUAUUGUGUGGCCAAGUAUGGUCAGAAAUGGGUGAGAACUAGGACAAUCACCGAGAGCUUCAAUCCAAAGUGGAAUGAGCAAUACACAUGGGAAGUGUAUGACCCUUGCACUGUCAUAACUUUUGGGGUCUUUGACAACAGCCAUUUGGGAGGAUCUCAGCAAGGAAGUGGAGCCAAAGUUGACUCAAGAAUUGGCAAGGUGAGGAUUCGUUUGUCUACAUUGGAAAUGGAUAGGAUCUACACUAACUCAUACCCUCUACUUGUUCUGAAACCCUCUGGAUUGAAGAAGAUGGGAGAACUUCAAUUGGCUAUUCGUUUCACAUGUCUCUCCAUGGCUCACAUAAUCUACCUUUAUGGACACCCUUUGUUGCCAAAGAUGCAUUACUUGCAUCCAUUCACUGUGAACCAGUUAGACAGUUUGAGGUACCAAGCUAUGAACAUUGUGGCAGUUAGGCUUGGAAGGGCAGAACCACCUCUUAGGAAAGAGGUUGUGGAGUACAUGCUUGAUGUGGACUCUCACAUAUGGAGCAUGAGAAGAAGCAAGGCCAAUUUCUUCAGAAUUGUGUCACUCUUUUCAGGUGCAAUAUCUAUGAGUAAGUGGCUAGGUGAGGUGGAAAAGUGGAAGAAUCCAGUGACCACAAUCCUAGUGCAUGUACUCUUUUUCAUCUUGAUAUGCUACCCUGAAUUGAUCCUCCCCACCAUGUUCCUCUACAUGUUUCUCAUUGGAAUAUGGAACUUCAGGUAUAGACCAAGGCACCCUCCUCACAUGGACACAAAGCUUUCUUGGGCAGAAGCAGCACACCCUGAUGAACUUGAUGAAGAGUUCGACACUUUUCCCACCUCAAAGGCUCAGGAUGUGAUCAGAAUGAGGUAUGAUAGGCUCAGGAGUGUGGCGGGGAGAAUACAAACUGUGGUUGGAGACAUUGCAACUCAAGGUGAGAGGUUUCAUGCAUUGCUCAGUUGGAGAGACCCAAGAGCCACAAGCCUAUUUGUGAUUUUCUGCCUCGUUACUGCUGUGGCUUUGUAUGUGACACCUUUCAAGGUUGUGGCUUCAGUUGGUGGCAUUUUCUGGCUUAGGCACCCCAGGUUUAGAAGCAAGCUACCAUCUGUGCCUAGUAAUUUCUUCAAGAGGUUGCCAUCUCGUGCUGAUGGCAUGCUUUAAGUCUCCAAAUGAAUCAUAGAGAAGAGAUGUCUUUGUGUUGUGUUAUUGUAUUGUUGAUUUUUAUACUUUUUGUUUAGUGCAGAGUUACCUUGGGUUUUCAUCUUGUCAGAAAAUUUUUAAUUCUUGUGCUAUAUGGGACUGCCAUUCACAAUAAAGCUAAAUACCAACCAGCAUCA